GGGGGAUGCUGCGGCGGGGCGCCGGCGCGGAGCAGGAGCAGCGGCCUAGGCGGGAGCAGAGGCGGGAGCCGGGGAAGGGCACGGCGCUGCCCUCCUUACUGCGGGGCUCGAAGUCACGUUAAACGUCUCGAGUGCCGUUACCGCCGCCUAGCCCCGUCCCCCGCCAGCAGGCCGGCGGAGCCCAGCGCUGCCUCCUCUUUCUUUUUGCUUUUCUUUCCAAACAACAAGCCCCAAAACUUCGAGCGAGUUGCAUAGUUCAGCGAAGAACCGAGCUGCAGCCUGGAGGGAAUGCUCCACCCUGCCAGGCGGGAGACUUGGGUUUCACUCGGGGCUGGCAGCGCACAGGAUCGCCUUGGAGGCGGCUGGAAAGGAAAGGGAAUAGUUUUGUCACAUAAAAACAAGCCCUGUGUUGCUCUGGGAGCGGUGUCGAAAGUCUCGUUCCUCAAAGGACUCUUUUCUUCUCGGACAGAAAGUUGUUACAGCUGGACUUCUCACUGGAGUCCUUCCGGACCUCACAUGCAUGUAGCGUGAGAAGCCCCAUGUGCAUUUUUCAGUCUGACCGGUGGUUGCCCAGUGGCUGGGUUAUCCUGCCCUGCAUCUGCUGGGGCACGGUAAACACCGUCACCCAAAGAGUUCUGCUGCGGACAUGGCGUGUGGGCACAACAGCUGACAUAAUUUGCAUGAAGAUCAUUUAUAUCCUCCAAUUAGUCUGGGCUAUAAUUGAAGUACAAGAUGGCAAGAACCAGCCACAGCAACUAUGUCCUUCAGCAGCUAAACAACCAAAGAGAGUGGGGCUUUCUGUGCGACUGCUGUAUCGCUAUCGAUGAUAUUUAUUUUCAAGCACAUAAAGCAGUCCUUGCUGCGUGCAGCUCCUAUUUUAGGAUGUUUUUUAUGAACCAUCAACACACUACAGCCCAGCUGAAUCUAAGCAACAUGAAGAUUAGUGCUGAAUGCUUUGAUCUUAUUUUACAGUUCAUGUAUUUAGGAAAAAUUAUGACAGCCCCUGCCAAUUUUGAGCAAUUUAAAGUAGCCAUGAACUAUUUACAGCUAUAUAACGUACCUGAAUGUCUAGAAGAUAUACAGGAUACAGACUCAUCUAGUUUAAAAUGUUCAUCUUCUGCUUCUAGCACCCAGAAUAGCAAAAUGAUAUUUGGCGUGAGAAUGUAUGAAGACACACUUGCUAGAAAUGGCAGCGAAGCAAACAGGUGGGGCAUGGAGCCGCCAAGUUCAACAGUAAAUACAUCCCAUAACAAAGAGCCUGAUGAAGAAGCUUUGCAGCUAAGCAGCUUCCCCGAACAACUGUUUGAUGUCUGCAAAAAAAGCACCACGUCCAAAUUCUCUCACACAAAAGAGCGCGUGUCCCACUCGCGCCGUUUUGGAAGAAGCUUCACCUGCGACAGCUGCGGGUUUAGUUUUAGCUGUGAAAAGCUACUGGAUGAGCACGUGUUAACGUGCACUAACAGGCAUUCCUACCAAAGUGCCAGGUACUACAGUGCUGAAAAAAUAGACUUUAAUGAAAAGGACUCUACUACUAAAAUAAUCUCCACACAAACAGAGAAAUACAAGGGGGACUCUGGCCAAGCUGCGGACGAUUCUUCGUCUCCUGUGUCAAACAUCACAAGCAGAAAAAGCAGCACAGUUGCCUCUGAGACAUCGGGUGAAGAAGGAGGUAGAGCCUCUGAGAGGAAGAGGAUUAUCAUCAAGAUGGAACCAGAGGACAAUCCUGCAGAUGAGCUGAAGGAUUUUAAUAUUAUUAAGGUGACGGAUAAAGACUGCAAUGAGUCUUCUGACAAUGACGACCUAGAUGAUGAACAGGAAGAGCCGCUUUACAGAUACUAUGUUGAGGAAGAGAUCAGAGAGAAGAGAAGUGCUCGGAAGACUUUAAAACCCCGUUUAUCCAUGGAUGAGGAUGAAAGAAAGUGUUUGAAAAGUCCGCGGCACCUUAAUAGGAAGGCUUCUUCAGUGCAGGAAGACGUGGAGAAUGCUCCCUGUGAACUUUGUGGGCUAACGAUCACUGAGGAAGAUUUGUCCUCUCAUUAUUUAUCCAAACACAUAGAAAAUAUAUGUGCUUGUGGCAAGUGUGGUCAAAUACUGGUCAAAGGCAAGCAGUUACAGGAUCAUGCUCAGACCUGUGGAGAACCCCAGGAUCUGACCAUGAACGGUAUCAGAAAUUCUGAGGAGAAAAUGGACUUGGAAGAAAACCCUGAGGAGCAGUCGGAAAUAAGGGACAUGAUGUUUGCAGAGAUGCUAGAGGACUUCAGGGACAGUCACUUCCAAAUGAACAGCCUUCAAAAAAAACAGUUAUACAAGCAUUCUGCCUGUCCUUUCCGAUGCCCUAAUUGCGGUCAGCGUUUUGAAACUGAAAACCUGGUGGUUGAACAUAUGUCAAACUGCCUGGAGCAAGAUCUGUUCAAGAACUCCAUGAUGGAAGAGAACGAGAGGGAUCACAGACGUAAGCAUUUCUGCAAUCUUUGUGGGAAAGGAUUUUAUCAGCGUUGCCACUUGCGGGAACACUAUACCGUUCAUACCAAGGAAAAACAGUUUGUUUGUCAGACAUGUGGGAAGCAGUUCUUAAGAGAGCGCCAGUUGAGGCUCCACAAUGAUAUGCACAAAGGCAUGGCCAGGUAUGUCUGUUCCAUUUGUGAUCAAGGAAACUUCCGAAAACAUGACCAUGUACGGCAUAUGAUAUCUCACUUAUCAGCUGGAGAGACUAUAUGCCAGGUCUGCUUUCAGAUAUUCCCAAAUAAUGAGCAACUGGAGCAGCACAUGGAUGUUCAUCUGUAUACAUGUGGAGUAUGCGGAGCAAAAUUUAAUUUGAGGAAAGAUAUGAGAUCUCAUUAUAAUGCCAAGCAUUUGAAAAGAACAUAAGUGUAAACAUACUGUUAAAGCAUUAAGUUGGCAGCAGAGAGAACACCAAAGCAAGGCAUACAGAAUAGUAGACAAAAAUUGAAAAAAAAAAAAAAAAGUCUCUUUUUUUAUUCAUUUUUUUUUAAGACCCUCCUAACCAUAGGUGUCUAUUUAGGCUCAUUAAGUAUAUAGCUUUGAAAAGCAUCAUGUGUUUAAUUAUUACAUUUUCACUGUUUCCUAAUAUCAGUUUCUGUUCUUAAUUUUAUUGUUUUACUAAGUAGAUAUACAAAUCAUUAUUUUUAAACUGUAGAUUAAAAGCACAAUGUUACCCCUUCACUGACUGCUAUUAAACAGUUCUCGGAUCC